AUGGGAUCUGUAAUGAAGCUUGGAACUCUAGAUUUGGCGCUAUGCAUCGGUUACUUGGUCUCCGUGUUGCUUGUCGGAUUUGUCUUUACCAUACGAGAGCAGCGUGCACGUGAAAAGGCACGUCUAACGCGUCUACACGAUAAAGCGGUAAUGGACAAAGGAAUUAAAGAUUCUAAAGGCUCCACAUCAGCCAAGAAUAACCAUAUUCUAGAAGAGUACUACCUUGGUGGACGACGCAUACCUUGGUAUGCACUGGCAGUGGCUGAUGUAAGUUCAUACAUCGAUAUAUCAGGAACUAUGAUCAAUACGGCGCUCGUUUACGCAUUGGGUGUGAAAGGCAUGUACAUUGAGAUACGCGGUGGUUUGUGCCUCUUCUUGGCCUUUCAACUGGCCUACACCGGCAAAUUAUCCCGUAGAUGCCCAGUAAAGACACGAGGAGAAUGGAUCCAAUUUCGCUUUGGAACUCGCUUGGACGCUGUGCUGUUACGGACUACAAUUGCGAUUACGUCGCUGGCAAGUAGCAUCUUGGCAACAACGUACUUUGCAGUUGGUGGAGGAAAAUUCUUUACGGAAUUCGUUAAGCUACCAGAAUGGGGAGAACUACCAUCUGAAUUUUGGGCUGCAGCUUUGUUGAUGGCAGUAGCCAUGCUAUACACGAUUGCAGCUGGAUAUGCCACUGUUGUCCAAGUUCGAGCUCAUAACUGGUUGAAAAACUUAUAA